UGCUUUUGAUUUCUUACAUUUUCAAUCCUUAAUAAGUUUCUUGUUAAGGGAAUCUUUGUUGUGGAAUCUGAGGAAAUGUCAAUAUGAAAAUCAAGUAGUUUUGUUCGCUAGAAUGAACGAGAAGCACUAGAGCACAUGUUGAUGGAAGAUUUUCUCUGGGGGUUGAUUUGAAUGAUUGUUCACUGUUCAUACUUUACAACCAACCAAACGGCUAUUCUGACUUUUUGAUCCUGUUUCCACUCUCUUUGUUUCUGGGAUCCUGUCUGUGUCCACGGGGUUUAAAUCAUUCAGGGCUUUGUGAAUUGAAAUUCAGAUGUCAGAGUCAAGGCAAAACAAGAUGAUGAAUCCAAACGUUGCCAAACAAGUUGGUGACACAACCUAUACUAAGAUCUUUGUUGGAGGAUUGGCUUGGGAGACUAAGAGAGACACUCUAAAACAUUAUUUUGAUCAGUUUGGUGAGAUCUUAGAGGCUGUUGUCAUCACUGACAAAAACACUGGAAGAUCAAAAGGAUAUGGCUUUGUGACCUUCAAGGACCCAGAUUCUGCAAUAAGGGCUUGCCAGAAUCCCUAUCCCUUGAUUGAUGGAAGGAGAGCUAAUUGUAAUAUUGCAGCUUUUGGUGCACAAAAAUUUGAUCCAUCUAUACAAGGAAGGCAGAAAUUCAGUAGUCCUUCAUGGAAUUCGGUACCAAUCCCAUUUCAAGGCACUUCCAAUUAUUAUAAUCAGCAUAUGCCCCACUAUACAUUCCCGAAUCUAGCCUACAGGUAUCCUGGUUAUCCUUCCCCACAAGAAAUUUAUGAAAUGAACUACUAUAAUGUAUAUGGUGGACAGCAGCUUCCAAUUCGCUUAGUUCCAGCAUAUAGCCAACCCUUUUAUGGCCUUAGUAGACAGUUUAUUCCAACAACAUAUGUCAAAAAGACACAGUUCCCUGAUAAGUCAUCUCAGGAGUUUACAGUUGUUAGCCUAUCAGAACCUAUUGCAGCUACUUCUUCAAUUUCCAGCACUGCAGGAUUAAUCACUGGAACAGCAGCUGCAACAGGAGUACUAGGAUCCCCCCAAGAACAGAAACGUGAUGAGGACUAGAAGAAAGAAAGAAAAGAAAAGUGACACUGCUCAUUAAGCCAGAAAGCUCUAAGAACAUGUCCAAUGAGGUGGUCUAGCAAAGUAACUAAAUCAAGAAAUAAGGUGGUUUUUCAUCCCUGGAACAGGUGAUCUUGGAAGCUAGUUACUGAUGAAAUGAGUCAUGGAUUUGUUCAUUAUCUUGAAUUUUUCUUUUGAGAAUUAUUAUGCACAUUCAUCCUUCAGUUUUCCUUUUUAAUUUUCUUUUUUAACAUGGGAUUCUUGCUACGUCAUAGUUUAAAAAAGAAAAGGAUAAUUGCUUGUUAUACUUAUUUUAUUCU